AUGCCGUCCGCUACCAGCACUGCCGGCCGUAGCCGCGGUCGUGGCAUCAAGAGAGAGCGCGAGUCGCUCAACUCACUCCCAUCUGACAAUGAAGUCACUUCAGAAACCAACCAAAUCACAUCGCGCGCUUCAUCCACAGAGAAUUCACUCGCCUCGGCCACAGACACGCCCGGCAUGGCGCCGCCGCUCUCCUACCGCCUUGGGCGCUCCGAUGCCCCUACGCCAAGUGAGCGCACCGAGGAUAACGAACCUCUACUUCGUGAGCUUCGCAGGGUCCCAAGCAUGCUACCGCCGAUUAUAGCCCCGCAAGAGGAAGGCAGUUUCUUCCAAGAGUCGUUCAAGGAUAUUGCCAGGAGGCUCAAAGCUUUCAACGAUGCUCUCGGUGAGCUGCAGCAGCUCGGAGUCUCUCACGACGUCCAGCUGCCCGAACUCGUUCUGGUCGGGGACCAGAGUGCGGGCAAGUCCAGCUUGAUGUCUGGUCUCGCGCAGCUUGACCUGCCUCGAAGUGAGGGGACUUGCACCAGAUGCCCGCUGCAUAUCAGUGUAUCAAUGAACCCUCAGUGGUCCUGUCGAGUUGGGCUGCGUAAGCAGUAUACAUAUUCCCCGCCCUCAGACCGCGACAUCUUGGAGUCGGACGUCACGGCAAAAGACCCCUUUUUUCCCUGGAAACAAAAGCCCUCCACAGAAAUCAUGGAAUUCAAAGCUAUGAAGGACAAUUCGGAAAUUGAAGAAGUUCUUCGUUGGGCGCAGAUAGCUAUUCUUAACGACGACAAAAACCCUGCGCUUUUUGUUCCAGGAUCGGGGUCCAUCGCUUCCAGUACCCCGAUACAUUUGGAGGCAGAACGCACUCAGGCAAAAUUUUCGCCCAAUGUUGUUGCACUGGAGAUCAAAGGUCCUGAUCUGCCUAAUCUCUCAUUUUACGACAUGCCUGGCAUUUUCCAAAAUCCGGCUGAUGCCAAGGACGACUACCUCGUCUCGGUUGUCACUAAUCUGUCCAAGGCCUACAUUCAGCACCCGUCUGCCAUUAUCAUGUGCAGCAUGCCCAUGAACUCGGAUGCCGAAAACUCCUGCACUUUUGGCUUGACCAGAAAGCUCGGCGCCUCGAACCGGACCAUUGGUGUUUUGACCAAAGCUGAUCUCCUAGCGCCCCAAGGGGCUUGUGAGCAGUGGCUUUCCAUCAUGAAGGGCGAGACUCAUAAAACUGGACUCGGAUACUUCAUUACAUCUCGCCCCCAGGGCAAAACGCUGGAAGAACUAGACAAAUGGGAGGAGGCAAUAUUUGUCGAGCACGGCGUGGACAUGUGGCCAAGUGACUUUCAUCAGUUCAGUCAUCGCUGUGGCGUGGAGAAGCUUAAAACCUUUUUAUCCGAGAAGUUGGCGGAAUCAUUUGCAAGCAGUCUUCCUACCAUCAAGAGAAAGGUCACUAGUCGACUGCAAAAGGUCGACAAAGAACUGACUUCCCUCCCUGAUCUACCAGACAAUAUUCAGCUGGAGGUGGAAAGCAGUUUGAUGCAGUUCACCGAGAGCUGCCGCCAGGGCAUUGACGAGCUGAUAAGAAGCGGCAGCGCUCUUCCGGAGGCAUUCCGAGACUGUCUCUUGCACAUAAAACCGAAAUUUAUAUUGAAAGACAAAAGCGAUAUCCCAGUCGUUGAAAUCUCCGACGAUGAGUCGGAUGCACCGCCACCAGUGGCGGCCACCCCGAAGAGACGACAAGGCGCAAGCUCAAUAACGCCAUCGUCAAAGCGUGCUCGGCUUGAACACUCCAAUGGGGUUCCGAAUGGGCAUAUUCCAGGCCUCAAGCACGAAGAAACGGCCAGUCCAUCUGUGAGUGGGGUGCCGCCUCGCGCAAGAAAAGCCUUGCUUGCCCAGCCAUUCACAGAGUACAGCUCGUUGGGAAGCUCCUUUCGCACUCUGGCUCAGGUCAGAGCCGAGAUCCUGGGCAAAUCGCAAGCUGGUACUCCCGAUGUCAUCGGGCCAGAGGUCUAUCAGGACAUGGCGGUGGAGUCUGUCAAGGUUUGGCAGCAGCCAAUGGAAAGAUUCCUGCUGGCUACCAUGGAACAGCUACAUGGCAAGCUCGAGGAGAAGCUCGUGUUGUCACUCGACCGUCUACGGAAAAGACUCAUCUACCGCGAGACGGCCAGGAAUCUAAAGUGCUUCCUCAAGGAGCAGUUGAAGAAAACACAAGAGAUGGCCGAUCUGGUAUUCAAGCAUGAGACACGCAAGCUAAUUACAUUCCAAAAUGAGAUAUUGCUUUUUCUGAGAGAUAAAGAAGAGAGGGAGCUCCGGUGGUUUCGGCAUCACAUGCGAUUCCAAGCUCGCUUUCCGGACCUGGCGCGUCGACCUGGCAACUGGGCAAACAUGACCGAGGAGCAGAGAGACCAGGAGACCAGAGACCAGGAAAAGGAAAAGGAAAAGUACAAGCUCGGCUCUGACGCCUUUGCACGCGAGAUUAUGGUGAUCAGUUAUAUUAGGGGUUAUUACCGCCUCGCCGCGCUCAGGUUCGUGGACCGCAUGGCGCAACUGACGCUCUGCGAGAUGCUCCCCGAGAUUCGCAUGCGCCUCGACUUUGAGCUGCGGACUCGUCUCGGCAUCAUUGAUGGAAACGCAGCGGCCGCCUACCAGUGCCUGAUGGAGGAGGACACAGCCACGGCGGUGAAGCGCGAGGCGCUCAAGGCGCAGCGGGAAAGGUUUGAGCGCGCCCUCGACACGAUUCAGGCCCUCGAGCGCAACCCGGGCCUCGACGAUAGCUUCUACGCGACGACAAGCAGCGUGUCUCUGCCAUUUUUUACACGGGACAGGGAGAGGGAUGUGGUCAUGGAGGACUCGCAGACGACAAGCGAGCAAGCUAGCGACCAGGCUUGA